AUGACGUUAGUAGAUGAGUCCGACUCGUUUAAGGGCACGGCUAUCAACUAUGACGAUGCCAAGACACUCCUGGCAGAGGGACCCCAAGCGCUGCACGACCACGUUGCGUCCCGCAUGGAGAAAUCACUGGGCAAAGCGCUUCCGCAGAUGGAGGUGCGCUUCAAAGACGUCUCUAUCACCGCCGACAUCAUGGUGAAAGACGAGACGAACAUCACCGUCGAGCUGCCCACGUUGAUCAACGUGAUCACGACGGGUAUCCGUGAAAUGAGGUCCAGCAAGCACGUCGUGAAGAAGGAGAUCCUCAGGAACGUCAGUGGCGUCUUCAAGCCUGGCACCAUCACGCUCGUGCUCGGACAGCCAGGAUCAGGCAAGUCGUCGCUCAUGAAGUUGAUCAGCGGCCGCUUCCCGGACGCCAAGAACAUCACGAGGAAGGGCGAGGUGAGGUAUAACGGCACCCCAGCCAAGGACUUGCGCAAAUGUCUGCCGCAGUUUGUGUCUUACGUGGCUCAGCGAGACAAGCACUACCCGCUCUUGACCGUGAAGGAGACGCUCGAAUUCGCACACGCCUGUUGCGGUGGUGGUCUCUCCAAGCGAGACGAGCAGCACCUGAUCAACGGCUCACCGGAGGAGAACAAGGCCGCGCUCGACGCUGCUCGGGCCAUGUACAAGCACUACCCGGACAUCGUCAUCCAGCAGCUCGGACUCGACAACUGUCAGAACACCAUCGUGGGCGACGCCAUGAUCCGCGGUGUGUCGGGCGGAGAGCGCAAGCGCGUGACGACGGGCGAGAUGGAGUUCGGCAACAAGUACGUGAUGAUGAUGGACGAGAUCAGCACGGGACUCGACAGCGCCGCAACGUUCGACAUCAUCACGACGCAGCGCAGCAUCGCCAAGAAGUUCCGCAAGAUGAUCGUGAUUUCUCUGCUGCAGCCGUCGCCUGAGGUCUUUGAGCUCUUUGACGACGUCGUGAUCUUGAACGAGGGCUACGAGAUAUAUCACGGACCGAGGGCUGAAGCGUUAAGCUACUUUGAAAGCUUGGGCUUCCAGUGUCCUCCCCGUCGUGACGUGGCAGACUUCUUGCUGGAUCUGGGCACGGACAAGCAGGCGCAGUACGAAGUGGAAGACGCCGGAGGCAUUUCGAUCCCGCGGUCGGCCGGCGACUUUGCCGCGGCGUUCAGGCUCUCGUCCAUCUAUGACCGAAUGCGGACAGACCUCGAAGAUCCUGUGCACCCCGGCCUCGUUCAGGACAAGAAGGUGUUCAUGGACAUUCAGCCGGAGUUCCACCAGAACUUCUGGGACAGCACACGUUUGCUGAUGACACGACAGAUCAGGUUGACAUUGCGCGACUCGGCGGCGCUGUUCGGGCGCUUGUUCAUGAACACCGUCAUGGGGUUGUUGUAUGCCAGCGUCUUCUACCAGAUUGACCCGACGAACGCACAAUUGGUCAUCGGCGUCAUCUUCGCGUCGGUGCUGUGUUUAUCGCUGGGUCAGUCCGCUCAGAUUCCGACAGUCAUGGCUGCGCGCGAGGUGUUCUACAAGCAGCGCGGUGCCAGCUUUUUCCGCACGGCGUCUUACGUGCUUUCGUUCUCAGGGAGCCAGAUACUACCGAUUAUUCUGGAGAGUGUCGUGUUCGGCUGCAUCGUGUACUGGAUGUGCGGCUUAGUGGACACGGUCGGGUCGUUCUUCCUGUUCCCGUUGUUGCUGAUCAUGGCGAACCUCGCGUUCACCGCGUUCUUCUUCUUCUUGGCGUCCGCUGCGCCGAAUUUCAGCGUGGCCAACCCGAUCUCGAGUGUCUCGAUCCUCUUUUUCAUCUUGUUCGGAGGCUUUGUCAUCACGAAAGAGCAAAUUCCGGACUACCUCAUCUGGCUGUACUGGAUAAACCCGAUUGCUUGGUGCGUGCGCGCACUGGCAGUGAACCAGUACAGAGACUCCACGUUCGACACGUGUGUUUACGGCGACAUCAACUUCUGCGAAAGCUUCAAUCAGACAGUCGGCGAAUACUCGCUCGGUACAUUCGAGGUUCCGUCCGAAGAGUCUUGGCUCUGGUUAGGCAUUGCGUACCUCGGUGGCGCGUACUUUUUCUUCAUGUUUCUCUCGUACGUCGCACUGGAGUACAACCGAUAUGAAAGUCCCGAGAACGUGACAUUGACCAGCUCGGAGGACAAGAGCGAUACCAAGGACGGAUACGGUCUGAUGGCCACGCCGCGAGGCUCAACAAACGGUGGUGAUGCUGCUUUCUCUGUGGCUCCUGCUAGCGAGAAGCUCUUCGUUCCGGUCACCCUCGCCUUCAAGGACCUCUGGUACAGCGUGCCGGACCCAUCAAACCCCAAAGGAACGAUCGACCUGCUCAAAGGUAUCAACGGGUACGCACUGCCAGGUACCAUCACGGCACUCAUGGGAUCGUCAGGUGCCGGCAAAACGACGCUCAUGGACGUUAUCGCCGGCCGCAAAACUGGAGGAACAAUUGGCGGUCAUAUCCUGCUGAACGGUGUCCCUGCCACCGACCUUGCUAUCCGACGCUCGACUGGGUAUUGCGAGCAAAUGGACAUUCACUGUGAUUCGACAACGUUCCGCGAAGCGCUCACGUUCAGUGCGUUUCUCCGCCAGGGCGCCGACGUUCCUGACAGCCACAAGUACGAUUCGGUGGACGAAUGUCUGGACUUGCUUGAUCUGCAUCCGAUUGCUGACCAGAUCGUCCGCGGCAGCUCCGUGGAACAGAUGAAGCGAUUGACGAUCGGUGUGGAGCUGGCAGCCCAGCCCAGUGUUCUCUUCCUGGACGAGCCUACGAGCGGACUGGAUGCGCGUUCCGCCAAGCUCAUCAUGGAUGGCGUGCGCAAGGUGGCGAAUACGGGCCGCACCGUUGUAUGCACGAUCCAUCAGCCUUCGACGGAGGUUUUCAGUGUGUUCGACAGCCUGCUGCUGCUAAAGCGUGGUGGUGAAACAGUGUUUGCGGGUGAGCUGGGUCAGAACGCGUGUGAGAUGAUCACGUACUUUGAGUCCAUUGAGGGCGUGGAGAAGCUGGAGGACAACUACAAUCCGGCGACGUGGAUGUUGGAAGUGAUUGGUGCGGGCGUGGGUAACAGCAACGGUGCCAAGGACUUCGUGAAGGUCUUCCAGGAGAGCAGGCAGUUUGAGAUGCUGCAGACGAACUUGGACCGUGAUGGUGUGACUCGACCCUCGGCAGACUUGCCGGAACUGAUAUUCACCGACAAGCGCGCUGCGACGGAGCUGGUCCAGAUGAAGAUGGUGAUGCAGCGCUUCUUCCGCAUGUACUGGCGCACGGCAUCGUUCAACUUGACACGGUUCUUCGUAUCUCUGGUGCUGGGCCUCGUGUUCGGCAUCACCUACGUCGAUGCUGAGUACACGUCGUUUACCGGCAUCAACUCGGGAAUGGGCAUGUUGUACCUGACAGUCGGGUUCCUCGGCAUCAGCUCGUUCAACAGCUCUUUGCCCAAUGCCUCUAAGGAGCGUGGUGUGUUCUACCGUGAACGCGCAGCGCAGACGUACAACGCGUUCUGGUACUUCUUCAGCUCAAGUAUGGUGGAGAUCCCGUACACGUUCUUCGCCGUGAUGCUGUUCAUGAUCCCGUUCUACCCGAUGGUCGGCUUCACCGGGGCCAGUGCAUUCUUCACGUUCUGGUUUGCUGUGUCGAUACACGUGCUGCUACAGGGGUACAUCGGCGAGUUCCUGGUGUUCCUGCUGCCGAAUGUGGAAGUCGCACAGAUUCUGGGUUUCCUCAUGGCGUUGAUCUUCCUGCUGUUCAUGGGCUUCACUCCUCCUGCUGGAGACCUGCCGACGGGCUACAAGUGGUUGUACCACAUUACGCCGCACAAGUACACGUUUGCAGUCGUAUCCAGCCUCGUGUUUGGCGACUGUCCCAAUGACGGCGUGGGCAGCGACGUUGGGUGCCAAUUCAUGACGAACGUGCCGCCGUCGCUCCCGGCAGAUCUGACCGUGAAGAACUACUUGGAGAGUGUUUUCCUGGUGGAGCACAGCGAAAUCUGGCAGAACAAUGGUAUCGUGCUGGCCUUCCUGGUCUUUUUCCGUGUGCUCACACUGCUGGCGAUGCGCUUUGUGAACCACCAGAAGCGGUAA